ACCCAGUACCUGCGGAAGCUCAUUGCUCAAACACUCUGCCGUCGACCAUCGCUGAUCUGUUGAUAACGCCAUUAAAAGGAGGUAUACAUAACAGAACCAUGGUGCACCACCCAGAAUUUGAGAAGGCAGGAAAGCAGACCGGCCUGCAGGUGUGGAGGAUUGAAAACCUUGAUUUGGUGCCUGUCCCUAAGAAUCUUUACGGUGGGUUCUACACCGGUGAUACAUACCUCAUCCUCAACACCAUCAAGCAAAACUCAGGCAAUCUGCAAUAUGACCUUCAUUUCUGGAUUGGUGAAGCAUGUACAGUUGAUGAGAGUGGAGCAGCUGCUAUCUUCACUGUCCAAAUGGAUGAUUUCCUUGGAGGAAAACCCAUCCAGUACAGAGAAGUCCAGGGAUUUGAGUCAAAAACCUUUCUUGGCUACUUUAAAUCAGGCAUUAAAUACAUGCAAGGUGGAGUUGCCUCUGGAUUCAAACACACGUCUGGUGCAGUAAAUGUGAAGCGACUUCUCCAUGUGAGUGGCAGACGUGUUGUCCGGGCCACUGAGGUACCCAUGAGUUGGGCUAGCUUCAACCAGGGUGAUUGCUUCAUCCUAAACCUUGGACAGGAAAUAUACCAGUGGUGCGGGUCCAAGUGUAACCAGUUUGAGAGACUGAAGGCCACCAGUAUUUCCAAAGACAUUCGUGAUAAUGAGUGUUGUAGGAGAGCAAAGCUUUUUGUAUGCGAAGAAGGAUCCGAAAAUGAUAAAAUAUUAGCGAUUCUUGGACCAAAGCCUGAUCUUCCUGACGCUCAGUCUGAAGACACCAAAACUGAUGCUUCCAACAGGAAAUCAGCCAAACUGUACAAGGUGUCAAAUGCCAGUGGGAGCAUGUCUGUCAGUUUGGUUUCUGAGGACAACCCCUUUUCCCAGAGUGAACUGCAGUCUGCUGACUGCUUUAUCUUGGACCAUGGUACCAAUGGCAAAAUAUUUGUCUGGAAAGGUAAAGAGGCUAAUAAAGAGGAGCGGAGUGCAGGUAUGAAAGCAGCAGAGGACUUCAUUAAUCAAAUGGGCUAUCCUAAACACACCGAAGUCCAAAUCAUGCCAGAGAAUGGAGAGACUCCUCUUUUCAAACAAUUCUUCAAGUUCUGGCGUGACACGGACCAGUCAAAGGGUAUGGGGCAAGCCUAUGUGCCCAACAAAAUUGCUAAGAUCAAGAAAGUGCCCUUCGAUGCAUCAUCUUUGCACAAAUCAGAGGCAAUGGCUGCUCAGCAUGGAAUGGUAGAUGAUGGCAAGGGAGACAAAAAGAUCUGGCGCAUUGAGGGAUCAGACAAGGUUCCAGUUGAUCCAUCUAUUUAUGGGCAGUUCUAUGGAGGAGAUAGUUACAUCAUCCUGUACACUUACAAGCACAGUGGACGUCAGGGGCAGAUUAUAUAUAUAUGGCAAGGAGAAGAGUCUGGUCAAGAUGAGAAAGGAGCUUCUGCCAUUCUGGCUGCCCAACUUGAUGCAGAGCUUGGCGGGAGUGCCGUGCAGGUGCGAGUAAUUCAAGGAAAAGAACCUCUUCAACUCAUGAGUAUCUUUGGUGGGCAACCAAUGGUAGUGUACAUGGGUGGGACUUCACGCGAGGGUGGCCAGUCACAAGCUCCUGAAGUCCGCCUUUUCCAAGUGCGUGCCAACCCUGCUGGGCACACACGGGCUGUCGAGGUUGAUGCUGUGGCCUCCAGCCUCAACUCCAAUGAUGCCUUUGUUCUAGUGACUCCUUCAGGCUCUACACUGUGGCUAGGUCAGGGUACAAGUGAUGCAGAAAAGAAUGGAGCGGAAAAGCUUGGCAGCAUUUUAGGAGUGACCCUUUCAGAGAUAUCAGAAGGAGCAGAAGGAGAUGUCUUCUGGACUGCUCUUGGAGGAAAAGCAGAGUAUCGCACCUCUGAAAGGCUCAAGAACAAAAUGGACAGCCAUCCUCCCAGGCUCUUUGCAUGCUCUAACAAGACAGGACAAUUCCUUAUUGAAGAGGUGCCAGGAGAGAUGACUCAGGAAGACUUGGCUCCAGAUGAUGUCAUGAUCCUGGACACCUGGGAUCAGGUCUUUGUUUGGAUUGGAAAUGAGGCAAAUGAAGAUGAAAAGAGUGAAGCUUUGACUUCAGCGGCCAAAUAUAUUGAAUCAGAUCCUGCCAGUAGGGAUAAGAGGACCCCUAUUGUUACAGUGAAGCAGGGCUUUGAACUUCCCACCUUCACAGGCUGGUUCUUGGGGUGGGAUCAUGACUUCUGGAGUUCUGACCCACUGCAUCGGGCCAUGGCUGGUCUGAAAAUGUAAUUGGAUUGAUCUAAUGUACCACCAAGAUGAUUAAAUGCUGUAUGCUGCCCUUUGUUUA